GCUGUAAUGAACAUCCCGUCACCAAGGACCAUCGACUGGGUUACAAGUCACCACCACAAGUCGGUAAAAUGGAGGGGGGCACGCGGGGCCGCACACGGCGCGGUACCAUCCAAUGAAGCACCGGCCGGGAAGGGUACUUUGAAGUUUGGCGUUCGCUAGCCCGGGACAGCACCUCACUUGCUCCCCGGGCCCUGGACCCCUCCAAGAGAUGUCCUAGUGUCGGCUUGCACGCUGUGUGAGAUGUUCGUUGGCUUGGGGGUGUUAUUCGCCGAGGGUACUUGGACUGAAGUGCUGCACUGCGGUGCCUGCAUGUUGCCUCCCGCGUCCUGCAUGCUGCGGCCUAGGUUCAGGCUCAGCGGUUCGCACUCUCUUAGCACAUCCAAGCAAAUACUUACGGAUACCUCCUGUGUAAGUAUGGCAAUAGAGAGAGGUCCAUGUCUGAACGUCGUCGGGGAUGAAGCUCGGGAGCAAGCCCCGUCAUUUGGCUGAGGCGUUGGCCCGUCGUCCGAUGGCUGAGACUUCCAUAGGAGCAGUGGCGGACGGACCCCUGGGCGGGGGGACUCGAGGAAGGCUCUAGCUCCUGCUUGACUGAUGUCUUCCCUGGUUGUCUAUUGUCUCUCUGUCCGUCUGGCAGAUGGACAGCCUGCUAAAGUCUGACGACAGUGACUGGCGUUCGAUGUUCCCCGUCCGUGUCUGGGCCCUGGGACAGCGGCCGGGCUGGAUCAUGGAUGUGAGGAGAGGGGAUGUGUGGUGCCAGACGGACGCCCGAUGAGACCCUAUCCCGCCCAAGGUGCAUGGUAAACUUGGCCCCAAAGGCUUGCAUGUAAGGUACCGGGUCCGUUCUUUGGUGAUCUUCCGCGGGACGAGUGGUAAGUGCCGGGUUCUGUGGUUUUCCCAUGUGGAGAUGAUGGAGAGUAGUGUAGCUCCCUCACUUCGUCUGUGAUUCAUCUUGGGGAUUUGCGUUGAAUUCUGUGGUCUCGACUCUUAAGCCCUUGGAUGUUUCUUGUUUUCUCGUUUUGUUUCUUGCUCUCCUCUUUUCUUCUUCUCCCUCUCGUCUGGUUCCUCAGUUUUUGUCGACCACUUGUUUUUUUUGUUGUCAUUUCUUGACUCCAAGGCAGAUUUGCUUUGGUCCUUUUCUUGAGGUCGUUGUUCGUGGGGUCCAGCAACGUUUUGUUUGUGAAUUACCCUUUUCAGCCAGCCAGCCUGUGCUUCCGAUUCUCUCCCCACCACCACGCCCAUCAUCCCGAGUCACGAAACGAGGAACGGCACUUGGCCUCUGCGACGGCCUGGCUUUGGACGUGUUGAUUAGUCCAGAGUUUCUGUUCCCAGAUAUCAUCCGCUGGAAACACAACUAGCAGUUGAUUCGUUGCUUGACGAUAGCUUUGAGCCAGCAUCUUGUUGUCGUUGAUCCCGAGUCCCCGCCGGCAUCGAGGAAAGUAUAUCGGAACUGGGGAGAGAUCUCAUCGGACUCCGCUGCAUUAUACCCGCCCCGCCGAAUUCGAACACGACUUGCGAGCGAGCCGGCAACUUCGCGUUUUUAUUCGAAUCAUAUGCUAUCGACGCUGGCAUCCAUGGAAGACUGAAAGAAAGAAACCUGGAAUUGUUCAUUGUCGUCGAAAAGGAAGCAACAAGAUCCAGGUCCCAGGUCCAGGAUACCGCCAACAUCCAAGUGGUGCACACUCGAGCCCAUUCCCGGUCACAGCGUUCGAAACGAGAAGAGAAAGACGCCUCCACUUCUCUUCCCAGGCGAGCCGAAAGGGAAAACCAAAAGACAAAUUCAUGCGAAAAGAAGAGGUCGAUAAGCAUAUCCAAGGAGAUCCUAUUCGGGAGCAGAUCCGAAACAUCAGACUGAAGUUGUGAAGCGCGGACGACAGCGACGCUGUAAGAGAGGGACAAGGGACGAGAGGCGCGGCGGACUGUCAUUGACUGCUCGGUCUGGUUCCUUUUUCCUGCGUCUGGCGUGUUUCUCAGUGGGAGUUUGUUGAGUCGAGAGAGGUCCGGGAGUCUCUUUUCGGUCGCCGAAGGAAGGGAUAUUUAACAUCUUUGUGUCCAGUUCCCUUGCAAGCCUUUGGAGGUUCUCUUUUGAGAAGGAUUCAGGUGUAAGCAGCAUUCGCUUUGCUUUCCCCCGUCUUUCGAAACGGUGCAACUAAAGCAGCAGUGUCAGCAGCAACAAUAGCAAGCAGCAUCGCCUCGACCACGGACCGCUGCGACAAUCGAGUCGACUGCGAGCACACGACAAAGUCAUCGAGCCGAGGGUGUUUCGCCAACUCUCCAAGCGAAAAGGAAAGAGUUUGGUCCGCGUCGCAUCGCAUUCAAGCCACUUCUUUGCACCGCGAUUGGUGGGGUUGCAAUCUCUUGAGCAGUCUGUGAGUGCUGGGUUCUUGGAAGAGGAUUUGAGAGAGAAAGAAGCGAGUGGAGAGACGGGCGACCCCUGGAGGGAAAUUGCACUUGCGGCGUCUGCGGGUGCUUGAUCGCCGCCGGCUGUCACUUUUGCCUUUCUUAGCACUUAACAGCUGGGUGCUAAGAAAAGCUGACCUAAGAAAGAAGCGUCUUAGGUAAGGAGGCGAGCACCUUCGAAAGGCACCCCAAGCGAGAAAGUACUCUGUAAAAAGAGAGAGAAGCGACAAAAGAGAGAAAGAUGUGGGACGCCUCUUCAGGUGAAGGUCGCGGUGGAGCGGGGGCGGGGCCAACCGCUAUAACGGGCCUGCAAUUAGAGGGCAGGGUGGGUCCGGGGACCGACGCCCUAUCAAGGUCCCGGUCAGGUACCAACGGCGGUGGUGGUGUUGGUGCUAUGAAUGGCGCUGGUGGUGCAAUUGGCCGUCGGACGAACAGCCUGAAAACGACGGGCAGCCCUCAAAAGAAGUUGACGCCGCCGCCGCAGCUACGCGAGAGGAAUCUUCUCAAGUCUGGUUCUGUCACCGUCACUGGCUCUGUCACGCGCGAACGCGACCUGGAAGGACACCAAGGACACCAAGGACACCUUGGAGCUCAUCCCUACCACCGCCAAUCAUCCACUUCAACAUCCCAGCAGCAGCAGCAGCAGCCACAACACCAACACCACACGUCAACUUCCACGACAACAACCACUACACAACAAAUCAGGGUGCAUCUACGAGGAGGAGGAAGCGCCGGCCAACAUCACCAGCAGUACCAACCCGUCCAGCCAUAUCAGUAUCAGGUCCCCGGACAAAGAGGAGGAGGGCCACCACCAGCUCCCACCUCUGGAGCAGCAUCUCGAAGUCGAGACACCAUUGCCAACUACAACAGGCUCCGCCGCGAGACCCAGCACAGCUCCACGAGCACAUUGCACCAUCAGAACUACUGGCCCGAUAACUUUCGCAACCCGCGCGGCGGACUCGGCAUCGAGCACAACAACAACAACAACCCGAGAUCGAAUUCGACAGCGGCGACUCCGAGGAACGACACCCAGCCCCGAACUGCUGGCAUCCAGAAACUUGCCCUCGAAGAGAGUGGUGUUGCUGAAGACACUCUCGACGACCUCCUUCCCCCACGCAACCUCUACAAGAACCACCGCGAUACCUCUGGCGUCUGGCGCCCUGCUUCCUCCAUCUACUCCGACGGCGACAACUACACCUCCCCCAUCUCGCCAAACUUCGCAAACGUGGCUGCCCGAAACACCUACACCUCCGCCGUGGCGGACAUCUCUCCCCCGAGCUCCCCCGACAUGGAAGCUCACAGAGAUGGAACCCCCACGCAGGGCCGCGGCAAUGUCUCGCCCAUGGACGAGAGCCCGGACAUGUCGCAGCUCGAUAUCAACGGCGCUCAUGGCCAAAACGACCAGCAUCACCAAGCUCAGCAAAAGACAAACAUCCCCAUGAUGCGCCGAGAACGUCGCAAGAACCAAGAAGCUGCGGCUCACACGCUCCGAGAGACCAAAUCCCAGCAACGCUUGCGGAUCCAGCGCGAGACCAAGUGGGAUGACAUGACGGGCGAACCCACGUCCCAGACCACGGGCCGUGCGGGUCAAGUCAGGCCACAGGAGUACGCCCAAGAGUUUGGUUCAAAUUCGCAGUUCGGCAAGUCCCCGGCCGCCAUGAGAGCCAUGCAGAACGCACCACAGGCGCAGCAAACCUUUGGUGAUCGUCUGCGAAGGUUGAGGCCCGUUGGCGGAAGCCCAAAGCAACAGCAACCCCAGCAGCCGCAGUCGCCGCCUCAGUCAUCAACGACACCCGAUGUCAUUGAUGAGCGCCCACCAUGGCGAGGUGCAAGCGGACGAGCACCCAUCGUAAGCCCAGUCCGUGACACGAAGCCUGCAGCACCUCUCAAUAUCCCGCCCAAGAGCACCAGACGCGCCGCCGUUGGGCCUCGGCUGCCCAUCGCAGGUGUCAAUUCACCACUGUCCCCUGUCAGCCCCUCUGGAUCUGAAACGUCACCACGGUCGAGGACGCCCACCAUCAGAACUGUCUUCAACGCUCCCCGCCAGCUGACUACUGCCUCUACCGCCUCAUCUCCCUCCGCCGCUCGCACCCCUCCACCCGCACAGUCGGCAUAUCCCAGUCCUCCCAACUCGGGCGCUGGAGUCCAAUCGCCCGUACAUGCGACGCCCGAAGCCACUAAUGACGCCAAUGUCACGAAGAGACAACCCCCAUCCCUGAUGGGUCUGCCUUCUGCCCCUAAUGCACAUCUCGGCCUCGACAAGGCUAUACGAAGAAAGCCUCCUCCUGCCAACUCGCAUGCGCUUCACGCUCCGCAGCCCUCCUAUUCUUCAAGUGUCUACUCUGAGCAGACUGUUCACGCACCCGCCAGCACUCACGAAAAGUCGCCGCCUCGCGCUCCUGCAGCAGCACAACGCGAAGCUGCCGCUGCCGCUGCCGCUGCAGCCAAGCCGACUGACCCCUGGGCUCAGCCUCCCUCGAGAUUCAGCGUCACUACCUACGCGACUUCCGCUGAUCCCGAUACCCCUCGCGAAUCCGCAGAGUCGGAUCGGCCUCCGGUGCCUUCACUCCCGACGCCGCCGCAACAGCAAAAGGACGGUGUAAUGAACCGCAAAAGACCACCUGUACUCAAGUCAACCAGCCCUUCCAUCAACCCAGACCAGCCUAUUGUCAUCUCCAUGUCGUCCCCCUACAUGUCGAGCGCCUUCACUGAGGACACUUCGCCGCCGCCUGCCCGAACCCAGCUGCCCAGUCAAAAGCAGCCGCUGCCUAGAACGAGCUCUGCCAGCCUGUACAGCAACUCGAGCCGCCCGGAGUCGGUCUGGUCUACUAGCAAAGCCUUGCCUCCGCCGCCGACCGAGCUCUCUAUGGUCAACGAUCGCGUGGGCUACCUCAACGCUCGGUUGGAGUCGUUGGGCAAUCGCCGCAUCAACAUCAACCAGGCCAUUAAGCAAAUGACAGAGCUCAUGCCGACCGACAGUAUCCUGGCCAGCGAGGCUGUCCUUAGAAAACGCGAAGCCGAGAAGCGCAAGGUGGAGGCUCUCAAGGUUGAGCUCGCUGAGGUUCAACGUGAAGAGUACGAGAUAGGCCUCAAGUUGCACAGGGCCUACAAGAGAAUGGAUCGCAAUGCAGAGUACGAGCCGACGACGCUCUGGGUGCGGAGAGUUACUGGCUAGCCAAUCCUAGCCCGUCACGGUGAGAGGGAGAGUGAGAGAGAGAGAGAGAGAGAGAGAGCUUGUAUGAUAUUUCCGGGCCCUGUUCAUACCGGUAGUUCGGACGGCUGCUUAUUUUUGGUGCAGCUUGGGUCGCGGACACUGGCGGAAGCGUUUCAGAGGAGUUUACACUGUUGAAAAAAAAAGCUGGACAGCACAGUUUAUUGCGAGCACGGAGUUUUAUAGCCCUGACUUGCGCUUUUUCCUUUGCGUUACCCUCUUUUGGGAAUCAGGUUGCGAACAGGGCAUGGUUAAUGGAAUGGAUUGGGCGUCUCCUGGCAGAUGAAGUUUUGUUUCUAUUCUCUUGUUUUUGAUACCUAUUUUUCUCUGAGAACUGUAGAACAGAAUUCUAGAACCCUUUUUUUCUUCUCCAAAAUAUUUCAACUCAAGUUUGAUCCCGACCAGAGUUUGUCUCUCCCGCAACUCACUGUGAAGCCGUUUGCUCGGUGACCCAUUGUUUUGAAACAGUGAGGUAUUGGGAUGGAGAGUGGCGGC